GCAGUUGUACCGAGCGCAGUGAAAGGUGAAGCUCAAACUCGAAGAGCCCGAGUGUGUGGAGAGGAGUUUCCUUGCUGGGUUUUUCCCCUUCACUCGGUCUCGCUCUCUUUAGCGGCUCGACGCGGGACACUGACUCCGCAUGUUCGUGCAGCCUUCGUGACAAAAAGAACUGUGUUUCUUGCUCGCUAGCUGAAGAAGUUUCCGUGUGUUUCCUGGGAACACCUUGGGCUGAAAUCAGUGCCGUCACAGGUACAAAGGAGCAGAGGAGCCGGAAGAACUCGCACUACGAGUUUGCAGACUUCCCAACGUGGACCUUGUAUUUACCUGCUACAUUUAACACACACACACACACACACACACACACACACAGUGACAGCUUGUGGUUCAACAUGAUGGACUUAAAGAAGAGGAAGAUCUUUAUCCUGGUGGAUGUCCUGUGUGUGAUUAUCGCGGCACUGCCGUUCGUCAUCAUGACCAUCCUAUUCCAGCCGUACCAGCGAGGGAUUUACUGCGACGACGAGAGCAUUCGCUACCCGUACAAGUCUGACACCAUCUCGCACGGCAUGAUGGCUGCCGUCACCAUCACCUGCUCCAUCAUCAUUAUCACCACAGGAGAAGCUUACCUGGUCUACAGCAAGCGGCUCUACUCCAACUCUGAUUUUAACCAGUACGCCGCAGCGCUCUAUAAAGUCGUGGGCACCUUCCUGUUCGGCGCCUGCGUGAGCCAGUCCCUUACAGAAAUGGCCAAAUUCACGAUCGGACGCCCGCGGCCCAACUUCAUGGCUGUGUGCGCGCCGACCGAGUGCAAAGGCUACAUGCUUAACAUAAGCUGCACGGGAAACCCACACAACGUCACUGAAUCCAGGUUGUCCUUCUAUUCUGGCCACUCGUCCUUCGGGAUGUACUCGAUGCUGUUUUUGGCGUUGUAUGUGCAGGCACGCAUGGCAUUCAAAUGGGCACGUCUUCUCCGACCCACGAUUCAGUUCUUUUUGGUCGCAUUCGCCAUUUACGUCGGAUACACGCGGGUGUCUGAUUACAAGCACCACUGGAGCGAUGUACUUGUCGGUCUGUUGCAGGGGGCGCUAAUCGCCGUUCUUAAUGUGCGAUACGUCUCAGACUUCUUCAAGGAACGCCUCCCGCGCCAACGAUCCCCUCAGACGCCGGAGACCGACGAUUCCGAGCGCAAACCAAGCCUGCAGAUCGCCGACCAAGAAAGGAAUCACCAUUGCAGGUUCCCCGAGACCGUAUGAGAGACUUUUUCAGCCUCGAGGCUGGUGUGUACCGUUAUCACAUCAAACCCAGAAAGUGUAUAUAAAUAUAUUAUUAUGUAACCACUGGACAGGCUGCAGUGCUGCUCACUUAAUUCCCUCACAUCUGCAUCCCAGAGGCAUCAGUGCAGCUGCUGCAGCCACUAACGCUGAGUGGCACUGAUACAGACUCGCCCCACUCAAGGAUAAUCUCUUCUUCAUAUUCUUGCGUGCGUGAGUGUGUGUGUGUGUGUGGCAUCAUAUAGUAUUCCUAUAUUUUGUCCUUUCUGUAGAGGGUCUGAUAUAUUUAUACUUUAUACUGAUCACGUUUUGUUUGUUUGUUGUUUUUUUUUAACAGCACAAAAUCAAACCUUUUUUAUUAUAAUUUUUUUUCUCUUCUCCCAUUUCCAAGAAACAGAUAUAAAUCAUAUCAAGAUGCAACUUCACCUUAUUUGUGGAACUGUAAAACUAAGUCUCAAAGUAUAGCGUAGAGGUCGAUCGUGGGUCGGUCCGUUAAAUUUCAAGAAGCCGUGCCACUGAAAACAUGUGAGGUUCGCGUGAGUCCGGAUGAAUUCCUCCAUCUACUACGUUGUGAGGAGAAAAGUGAAGUUGCCGGGUUGUUGUUUUUUUUUUUCACAUUAUUUUAGACCUUUUUGUUCAAUGGAAAUAUAUCCUGUGGUGGUUGAUUUAUAGUUAUGACCCUCCUGGUGAAAGGCAUUAGUGUUUUAUUAUGUAUAAAAAAAAAAAAAGAAAGAAAGAAAAUCCCCCAACACAUUCACAAGAUGGACUGCAUAAUGUGACAAAUCUGUACUUUUUUUAUUUUUUAUUUUUUUAAUUAACAAAAAUCAUUUUUUAUAUGAUAUUAUCUAACAUCACCGAAUACCACUAGCUAAACUAUUGCAUAUUUGCAAGCUUAUUACUUAUUUCUACUGCUCUGUUUUUGUAUGUUUUUAUGUGAAUUUAGGGACAAGAGGAGUUUAUGUAAUUUCCUAAGUGACGGAUGAAAUAUUAUUUUUUUUUAAGGAUAAUAUAUAUAUAUAUAAAGGAUAAUGAGACAAAUAGAAGUAGACUUAAGGAUGAAACGUUUUUCCUCACUGCUAACAAAACACUUCGGCUUCAGUAAUCUCGUUUGAUCUAGUAGUAUUUUUAUUCGGAUUACUAAAGUUCUGUGUAAGAGAAAGUAGGAUAUUUUCUAAUAGGAACACUUUGGGAGUGGACUUCAUGACAGAUCUCAAGUGUGUGUGUGUGUGUCUGUGUCUGGCACUGAAGAAAAAGCUUUAAAAAAAAAAAAAAACUACCCAAGGCACAUGGUUGGGAUUUGUUAAUGUUUCCCCGCGGCGAUGCGCAGGACCUCGUACUCAUCUCCCCCUGGAUACAGAACUCCUCAUACCGGUGUCAUUUCCCUGUCAUGUGAUCUCCAUUAUUAUUAUAUGAACCACGUGUUGGGCUUUACAGCAUGUAAUGUUAAGGUCGGGGUCAAAAGUGGAAUGUAAUUAGGAGGCCACGUUUGCUUGGUUAAGUGAAGCCGUCUCUCUCCGUAAGCUCCUGUAUAAACAUGUACAAGAUUGUGUCUAUUAGUCUCGCAAAGUCACGUCGCGAUACGCAACUAACAUGCGCCUUGUUCACAUCCUAUAUAUUCACACUGUGACUUACACUAUUCACAUAACAAGCGCUACUAUGAGCUGUGCAUUUCUGCAACAUUGCUUAGGUUGCGAGAUUUUUAAUACACACUAUAUUUACUAAGCAUGAGGUGAUUUAUUUUUUAUUUUUUCUCCUCCGCCUUUUCUCCAACAAACAGAGCGUCUCUGUUCCUCUGGUGUAGCUGCUGAAAGCCAAAGGCCUUAAAAUAGACCAGGCCCCAAUGCGGGAGAGAGCUCCCUUACUGCAAAGCAUCUUUUAUUUUAUUUGUGUACUGAAUCGAAUGCGGAACGGAUCCGAAACACGUGACGUAUCCCUGCGUUAUUUCCCUCAGCUUUUACUCUGUUUGCAAAUUCCAGUGAAUAUUUAUAAAUAAUGGAGUUUUAUAUCGUUAUAUCAUCAUUAUGGUUUUUAACUCAAAUAAAAAUGCACAGGUUUGGGGAAUAUCCUGUCUUUUCUGAGCCCUUCGGAAUGUGAGUGUACCUCCGAACGCAAGACUAAGAUAACACCUGAACCUGAGCUUUUUAGGUUGUACAUGGAAAAAUAAAUGCGAACAUUUUAAUAACCAUUAAUGUGAGCUUCAGCUUAAACAUUGUCGAAAUAAUAAUGGAAAAACUCACUGACACUUGUAUACAAAUAUUCCAAAUGUGCCUUUCUAUCAGUAUCUAAUCCCAAAGCUGCAUUUCCAAAAGCAUGUAGUCCUGGCACAGUGUCUGUGUGUGUACAUACUGUACAGGACUGUACCUCCCCUCAUUUCUUCAUAUUCAAAUACUUUAUUGCAACAGGACGCGAAGUGCCUAAAAAAAAAAGCUCAUUGCUUGUUUUUAUUGCAACAACCUCAUUUUCCCUCUCAUCUGUUCCAACUACUCAGAAUUCAGCAUCACCAGUAUAAUAAUCACCACCUGAUCAUCUUGUCAUCAUGUACACCUGAUGAUUUAUAGGUCACUGUGUGGCUUAACAAACAACAACAUUCCUCUGAAACUGCUCAGGGACUGGACUGAAAAUGAGAGCUAAAAAAGUAUUUCAGGAAGCCUGUAGUAAAAAAAAAAAAGAAAACAAGAAAUCUAGUCUGUCACGCUGGAAUCCAAAUAUGAAGGAAUGAGGGCUGGCUCGAAACUUUUGGAAAUCCUUAAUUCUAUUCACUAAUUUGUAAUUAAGCCUCCCAAAGUUUGUGUGUGUGUGUGUGCGCGUGCGCUUGAAGCCACCGUCUGUAGCAGGUGAGUUGUAAUGUUGUUCUGUUCAAUACUGUGGCCUGCACACUGAUGUUCCCAAAGCUUUUGAUUGUAUGGCUUAAAAAUAUUGCACACAUCAAAUAGUUUUCUAUAUGUAUUUUUAUGUUUUUAUGUCCUUAACUACUGUAGAUUAAUAAAGAAAAAGCAAUUACUCGUA